AUGGCAACAAACGACAAUUGUAUUUCUCGGAUGCGUACUCAGCUUGUGGACCUGCUGGGUGCUCACGAGCUACGAUUGCGUGGCAACUCGCGACUUUGCUGGGCAGUACAUUUUAACACUGGUGAGGGCAACAUGUACGAAACUGUGGCGCUCAUGAUUUACAUGAAACUGGUAUGUCCAUGCAGAAGAUUUCCAAGCCACUCCAUUGCACGUGUCGACGGCAAAAGUACGGUCGAGAGCUGGACCUGUGCAAAUAGGUGGUGCAACGACUACAAAGAGGCCCAAUGGCAGGAUGUCACCACAAGCACCUGCCUGCAUGCCGGUAUGGUCCAAAGCGAAGCGCGUCUGCUACAAUUGGAUCCUAAAGACGAGGCUUCCUUCACAGCAGAUAUACUCAUCCAACUUCUGGACCAAGAUGCGUACGACAUAGAGGGUAGAACAGGACAAACAAGAUCAAUACAAGAACCAGCGGCCUCGUAGUCGUUUCCCGUCCGGUUUCGCAAUGUUGUAGGAGAAUACCGAUCCGUUGCUUCCAUCAAC